GUUAAGCAAUGAUUUUCAAAGUGUGUGAAAGAUAUUGAAAUUCGUGAAAAAUAGUGAAAUAAAUUAAAGCAGCAAACAAAUAAAAAAGCAAUGAACGCCAUGGGUAUUUCAACAGAUCCCACACUACUCGAUGUGGAAUUGCCAGCCACGCUUAUUGAAUCGCCAUCAGUGUCGACAUUCCUGCCAGAGGAGGAGGCAUCCACCUGUCCGCUAUUGUCCACCACAAACGGUACAUCGACGCCGGUUACCUUCUCACAUCCGCUAACACCCUGUAUCGACAACGACAGCACAGCCUCGGCUAACUUGUGUAAUGAAGAUGCGGAUGCCAAGGUCGAGACAAGUUCAUCGUCGGGCAGCAGCUCCGGUAUUGGCAUGGAUGCGACUGAUACGGCGGCCACAACGCUGUUCCACAAAUCAAACGCCUACCAGCAUUUGCAGGUCAACAAUGGCGGCGCAGUGCAGGAUUCAAAUGGCCCGAACGGCACACUUUCAAAGGACACACCUUCUUUCGUCUCUUGGAACUGGCCGCUGAUUCGUAAAUGCACAUUCUUCGUAUUCAUGUCCAGUUUAUUGGCUAUGUGCGCCGUAGUGGUGGCCAUGAUUGUCACCCUGCCGAAGACCUGCAACCCAAAAACAGCUUGGUAUCGCGGCAGCGUCUUCUAUGAGAUCUUUCCUGCCAGUUUCCAGGACUCCGACGAUAACGGCAUUGGGGAUUUGCGCGGCAUUGCACAGCGUGCCGACUACUUGGCCUCACUUGGCGUUUCAGCUGUGCGUCUCAACUCGAUAUUUUCCGCAAAUCACUAUCCCGACGACUUUUCGCAUCCAACGUCGCUGCUUGAAGUAGCCAGCGAAAUUGGCACGGCACAAGAUUUACAACUAUUGGCUGGAACACUACGUGAGCAUAACAUUUCGCUGUUGCUUGAUCUGCCGAUUGGCGCUUUUAUUAAAAGAUUGGAUGAGGCCACGACGACGAAAUCUACAAUAGUAGUGGGACUUACAACACAAUCAAAUAAUGAAACCGAAAAUGUAGAAUACACUGCCUCAACAACAACUGUGCCACAAUUACCGAUCUCGUCGGCUGGUAAUGUGGUGAGCGCGGCCAUACUGAAAUGGUUGCAAUUCGGUGUGGAUGGCUUCUAUCUGAAAGGUUUGGAAAGUUUCGUCGAUGACGAUCGUCUGCUGGCCAACUUGAAUGAGUGGAAGCAACUUGUCGGACCCAAUCGCAUACUUAUCGCUAAUGAGGCAUUAAUCCAAGAGCUACAUCCAACGCUGACUUCAUUGGCGCUACAACAUAUCGAUCUAGUCGAUGUGCACUUGGACGUUUCAAACGGCACAAAACAUUUGGUGCAGCAUCUCAAUACACUACUCAACGGUCCACUCGCACCCGUCGAAGUGGGUCCGUGGUUGCAUUGGUCAAUCGGUGGUGUAGACCAACAGCGCUUCACACGCUACGGACAAAGCAAGAAUAUUACUUUGGCUGCUACGGUCAUGCAACUUAUGUUACCGGGUACACCCAAUAUUUUCUAUGGCGAUGAAAUCGCCUUGGAGGCCAUCUCUGAUCCACAGCAUGAGCAUAAUGAAACUAAACAUCUACAUCAUCUCUCCACCAUGGAAUGGUUGAAUAGCACCAAACAGUUUACGAAUCGUGAAAGUUUGCCUUGGUUACCGCAGACGGCGCAAUUUAGUCAUGAGAAUUUCCAAACAGUCAUAAAAAUGAUCGAGUUACGUAAUCGUUCACCAUCGCUGUAUAAGAAUGCGAUUUGCAAGCCAGAGAAGACACUAUCCAAUACAGAGGUACGCAAUAGCAACGAUGAUAUUUUGGUUGUUGAGCGCGUCUAUCCACGUCGCAACUCGUUUGUUUCGGUAUCGAAUUUCGGUCAGAAGCGUGUCUCCAUGGAUAUGACAGCCAUGUAUUUUAGUGGCGUAAAAAUGCUGGACGAAGAACACAAGGAGAAGGUUUACUUCUCCAACUUCGAGAUCGGACCUUGGGAAACAAUUGUUGUUAAAUUAGAUAAAUAAGUGAGAAGAGAUUGGAGGAACUGGAAAGUUGCUAAAUGGCACGUUUAUCGGAAGUUGCGGUUUAAUUACUUACUGUAAAUAACAAUGUACCGUUUGUUUAUAUAUUUUUAUAGAAAUAGUUGCCAAAAACUUGCUCAUAAAGCGGUAAAUAAAUGUGUGAGUUUUAAGAUUUGAGGAAA